UUCUGCCAACAGCACCUUGCGGAUCCGUCACAUCCCUCCUGUUCAACGGAGGAGCAUCUGCUACAUUAGAGGUCACCGGUUACGCCUCAACCCCUUCAUCGACCUCGGUAUCCCCUGUCUCCGCCUUUGACAGAGGUUACCCACGCUUCUCUAGCUUCUUUUCUCUUUCUGUGACCGGGGGAGGAAAGAGGCCUUUUGCGCAAUCAUGUCGCGAUUCUACAACAGGCCCGAGAAUGCUCUCAAGCGGGCUGAAGACCUUAUUGCAGUGUCCCAGCCUGCGUCGGCAUUGACCCUUCUUCAUGAAAUUGUCAUGUCGAAACGGUCAAGGUCUACUCCUUUGGGGACUCUUGAGCCGAUUAUGCUAAAGUUUGUCGAGCUUUGUGUUAACCUUCGCAAGGGAAAGACUGCCAAGGAGGGUCUUCACCAGUAUAAGAACAUUUCUCAAAACAUUACGGUGGCGAGCAUUGAGCAAGUGAUCAAGCGAUUCAUUGAGCUGUCUGAGGCUAAGGUGGCCGAUGCACAAGCCAAAGCCGAGAAGAUUACAUUGGAUUCUGUUGAAGAUCUGGAAGCCUCUGAGACUCCGGAGUCUAUCAUUUUAAGCACUGUCAGUGCUGAAGUGGACAAGGACCGUACGGACAGAGAGGUGGUGACUCCUUGGUUAAAGUUCUUGUGGGAGGCCUACCGAACAGCGCUGGACAUUCUGAGGAACAAUGCCCGCUUGGAGAUUUUAUACCAAUCGGUGGCCAACCAGGCCUUCCAGUUUUGCUUAAAGUACACGCGCAAAACUGAGUUCCGUCGGCUGUGCGAGCUCCUUCGCCAGCACCUGGCUACUGCCGCCAAAUACGCUCACCAGGCUCAUGCUAUCAACUUGAAUGACCCUGAUACCCUCCAACGCCAUUUGGACACUCGCUUUGUGCAGUUGAACGCAGCUACAGAGCUUCAAUUGUGGCAAGAGGCAUUCCGGUCUGUGGAGGACAUCCACAACCUGUUGGCAAUGUCGAAGAAGCCGCCAAAGCCCUUCAUGAUGGCGAACUACUACGAAAAGCUUGCCAGAAUUUUCAUGGUAGGGGAGAACUACAUGUUCCACGCCGCUGCAUGGAAUAAGUACUACGGCACCGUGCGCCAGAACAAGAACUUGAGCGAGGAGGAACACGAACGAAUGGCCUCCAUUGUGCUGAUGUCUGCGCUUGCCAUCCCCAUUAUUACAACCUCAAAGACUCGCGGUGUGUACAUGGAUGGCGACGAGAACAAGCCAAAGACAGCACGCCUGGCGAAUCUCCUUCGUGUCUCCCGGACUCCCACUCGUGAAAUUCUGUUGAAGGAAGCCCUCAGCAAAUCCGUCUUCGCUCGUGUGCGUCCCGAGCUGAAAGAACUCUACCAGAUUUUGGAAGUUCAGUUUCACCCACUGUCGAUCACCAAAAAGAUUGCGCAUCUUCUGCCCAAGCUCCAGGAAGACAAGGAUCUGGCAACAUACGUGGAGCCUUUGCACCAAGUCAUUCUGACCCGCCUUUUACAGCAGUUGUCGCAAGUCUACACCACGAUCAAAAUUGACUCGGUGGUCAAAUUGGCGUCGUUCCCCGAACCUUUUAGCUACAGCGCUCACCACAUUGAGAAAUUUAUCAUGAACGGCUGCAAAAAGGGCGAGCUAUCUAUUCGUGUCAAUCAUCAGUCGCAGACCCUUACCUUUGAGACAGAUGUCUUUGCGGCUUCAAGGGGAACAAUUUCUGAAGGACCUCAACUGCAGUCACUCCCAUCUGAGCAAAUGCGUACCCAACUUACGCGUCUCGCAAAACGCCUUCACACUGCCGUUGCUUUGAUUGGCAUGACGUCGCAGACUCUACCUCCAGAAGAGCGCGUGGUUCAGGUUAAGAAAGAAGCCAAGGCGCGAGCGUUCGCGGAGGCCGUUGAACGUCUCGAGGAAGAGCGUCGUCAGACCGCGCAGAGGCGCUUGCUCAUUGAGAAAAAGAAGGAGCUUCGUGAGAAUGAACUGAUGGCUAAAGAAAAGGCCGAGCAGGAGGCUAGGAAAGAGCGUCUCGAGAAGGAGAGAGAGGCGGAGAAAAUUAGGCAGGAGGAGGAAUCUAAGAAGCGUGAGCAGGACCGUUUACUUCAACAUCGUUUGGAGAUUCAAAAACAGGAGGCUGCCAAGCUCGCCGCCAAGCUUGCGGAGGAUCUCAAGGAUAAGAAUGUGAAGGUCAAACAGGAGGAGCUCGAAACUCUGGACACUACCCGUCUCAGACAAAUCCAAAUUGAGCAACUUGAAAAGGAGAAGCGCGAAAUGCAGAAUAAGCUGAAGGCCAUUGGCAAGAAGUUUGAUCACAUUGAGCGUGCCUACCGCAAGGAGGAAAUUCCUCUCUUUGACAAGGACUACGAGGAACAAAAGGUCACCGACAUGGCCUCCUACAAGGUUCUCAUUAAGGCAAAGCGCGAGGCGGCCAAAGUUCAGCACCAGGAAGCCAUGCAGCAGAAAUCCCGCAUGCUCCGCAUGUUGGAUGAUUACCGUUCUCUGAAGGAGCGCAUGUCUGCCGAGCGGAACGCCGAGUACGAAGCCAUCCGUGCCGAUGCCGAGGCGCGACUCGCUGAAGCUAAACAGCGGAGGAUUGAAGAGUACAAGCAGCGUAAGGAAGAAGAACUGCGCCGUCGUGAACACGAAGAACAGGAGAGGAUCCGCCAAGAAGAGCUGGCCAGGAUCCGCGCCGAAGAGGAAGCUCGAGAAGCAGAAGAAAGAGCAGCUCGACAGGAAGCCCAGCAUGCAGCUGAAGCCGAGCGCCUCAGAAAAUUGGAGGAGGUUGCGCAAAAGACUCGGGAACGCGAGCAAGCUAUUGAAGAGCGCCUUGCACGGGAAAGGGAGCAACUGCGAGCUCCGCCUACGCGACCCGCAGAGUCUGAAUGGCGCAGACGUGAACCUGCGCCUGCACCAGUACCCGUCUCUGCCGCAGGCGGUGCCACGGGAGGCAAGUACGUCCCACCGGUACGUCGCCAAGAGUCUGGAGGAGGAGGAUGGCGAGCUCGUGAGGAGGCAAGGAGAGAAGAGCCUGACGCGUGGCGGCGCCCGGAAGCUCCUCGCAGCGAAGAGCCUCCUCGAGAAGAGCGUCCGGGAACUUGGAGACCUGGUGGUGGCUCGUGGCGACAAAAGGCAGGGGAGGAUCAAGCACCCCUACGUGAUACUCUUCGCGAUGUUGCCCGUGAUGCCCCCCGCGAACCUGCCCGUGAGGAACGUUCUGGAGCCUGGAGACCUGGCACAGGAGGAUGGCGUUCAAAAGCGGAAGAGCCGCGAUCUAACGGAGUUGAACCAUCCUCGGCGGCACCUGGCAGCAGAUGGAGGGAGCGUGAGCGUGAGCGAGGAUCUGAUCAACCACCGCACGAUGAUGGAUUCACUACUGUCCGUCGUACCAGUCGUCGUUAGGGCUAGGUGAAUCAUGUAGACCUUGUUCUCUCUGUCUGCAACUUGAGUAGUUUGGCUUGUUGGACAAGGAGCUUUGUAUAUGCACCCCCCUUCUUUUUUUCAUUUACAAGGCUUUGUUGAUUUAGAUAGUUGAUAGCUUUUUUUUUGUCGUUAUGCAUCAAAGAGGAGGAAUUUAUUCUUUUCACGUAUCCAUUUUCCCAAA